UUAGACACCGUUUUUUGUCGGAAGUCAGGUGGAUGGAGCAGCUGAUGGGCGGGGGCGGUCCACGGGAGCGGUGAAGCGUCUUAGUGAGUGACAGCGUGGAAAAGAAAUAUGAGAGGAGAGUCUUAAGUUAGGAAUAACUGGCCUGUGGCAUUUAAAACAAAAAAAUAGUAGCUCGGGCUUAUCUUAGAGGUAUAGAUCCGCGUUGCAGUGAUAACAAAAAAAAUCCGCAGCUCAUCGAAAUGCGGAACAGAAGAAAGUUAAAAAUUCCUUAAUCAACUACGUAGGGUAGUCCUCUCUGGUUUGAGUGCAAUCAUGUAGACUCGUCUUUUAGCCGAUGCGACGAGAAACACUUCGGAGAGUAGCUCGUAGUUUGUGGUGAACUCCAUCUGGCCGCAGAAGCAGGACGCAGGUUUAAUUUGCGCUCUUGGUUCCGUCCGCGCCGUAUGCAGCUCCUGCCACUCUAGCCAACCAUGGCACGACUGAGGAGGAAAGCGUGCAUAGCUCUGUUUCUUUUCACGCUGUUCAUCUUUGGGACCAUGAUGGGACUGAGGACCCUGAAGCCCAGUGACGGUUUCUCGGACUUGGCUCCGGGCUUGGAGCUCCUGCCGAUGAUCGGAGGAAAGAUGGACCGGCGCUCAGUGUCCCGUGAUGGGACCGCUUCCCCGGGUCAAGCCCGUCCGCCUGGCAGCAACGCCAAAGCCGUGUUGUCUAACACCGGCCCCGAGGGGACCAUAUUUUAUGAUGUUCAUAUUUUCUACUAUAUGUGGUACGGCAACCCACAUAUGGACGGUAAAUACAUUCACUGGGAUCACAUCCUAGUCCCGCACUGGGACCCUAAGAUCGCAUCCAGCUACCCGAGAGGGAAACACAUGCCGCCCGAGGAUAUCGGCUCCAGUUUCUACCCCGAACUCAAUUCGUACAGCUCGCGGGAUCCGGAUGUGUUGGAGUCCCACAUGGAGCAGAUCGGAGCAUCCGCAGCAGGUGUUCUGGUCCUGUCCUGGUAUCCUCCUGGAGUAGCUGAUGACAACGGGGAACCUGCUGAGGAUUUGGUACCAGCUGUACUGGAUGCAGCAUAUAGACACAACCUCAAGGUUGCAUUCCACAUCCAACCAUACAGAGGACGAAAUGAUCAGAGCGUGCAUGACAACAUCAAGUACAUCAUUGACAGGUAUGGCGACCACGGAGCGUUCUACAAGUUCACUACCAGCACAGGGAAGAGUCUUCCUCUGUUUUACAUUUAUGACUCCUACCUAACUCCACCCGAGUCCUGGUCUGAGUUUUUGACACCGACUGGCUCCCACAGCGUGCGUGGGUCAGCUUACGACUCCGUCUUUAUAGCCCUGAUUGUGGAGGAGCGUCAUAAGCACGACAUCCUGGCAGGCGGCUUCGAUGGCAUGUACACUUACUUUGCCUCCAACGGCUUCUCCUUUGGCUCUUCUCACCAGAACUGGAAAGCCAUCAAAGCUUUCUGCGAUGGGAACAACCUCCUUUUUAUCCCCAGCGUGGGGCCUGGUUACAUUGACACCAGCAUUCGGCCGUGGAACAACCACAACACACGCAACAGGGUGAACGGACGUUACUACGAGACAGCCCUGCAGGCGGCACUCAACGUGCGCCCAGAGAUUGUCACCAUAACAUCUUUUAAUGAAUGGCACGAGGGGACGCAGAUAGAAAGGGCUGUGCCUAAAAAAACUGUGACACGGGUUUACUUGGACUAUCAGCCACAUGGGCCUGAUCACUACCUGGAGCUGACCCGCCGCUGGGCCGAGCAGUUCAAUAAAGAAAAGGAGCAGUGGCUCAUGUGAGCUUUCAUCAAACUGACUUGAAACGGCACGCUGUAGUGGAAGUGUGUGCACACAUGAAAGAGGAGGCAAGAGAGCGAUUGAUUGAUAUAGUUUUGAGUGCAGAAGGACAUGCUGUUACCUUUUUUAAACAUGCUGGAUGCGAGAGGUCCUAUAGAUGUGUGUGCAAAUUCAAAGAUAGGAUACAAAGCGUAUAAAAAACCCAGACUUGUAAAAUGCUCUGUGGGUCUGUCUCUAAUCUCUAAUCUCCCGCACACAAUUGGUACGUUGAAAUGUCUGCCCGAUAAUUUGUUGUAUUUCUAAAUACAGUAAGCCACCAUCUCAUGCCCCUUUAUAUGGUGAAAUAAUAGAACUGAAGACACUGUAGUUUUCAUUUAUCCAUAACAUACAAUUUGACCCUUUACCCAGGUUCAGAGAGCUUUUUAAAAUGGGGAUGAUGUGGUGUUUUACAACUUGUCACUGUCACACAACAUCAUAAUUUGUAAAGGUAAAUUUGGAACAUUAUAGCAUGUUAGCUCAACUUGUAAAAACACAGAACAUGACAGUUUUUCACAGCAGAUCCCCUGCAUCCAUUUCACUCGAUCUCUAACAUCUUCCUCUGUCACGCCAACCAUCUGCACGUCCUCCUGCCUGAAAGCAUCAAUCUUCAGCAUCCUUCGUCCAGCACAUCCACCAUCGCCUCUCUAACCUUGCCUCCAAACUGAGAGUCACCCUGAUAUCCUCAUUUCCAAUCUUGUCCAUUCUGCCAGUAAAAUCUUAACAUCUUUUACUCCACCUCCAGCGUGACAACUUGCCCUUUCGUUAUUGCCGCUGUCUCUAAACCAUAUAUCACAACAGGUCUCACUACCAUCUCAUAAACUCUUUUACUCUUGCCAUCCUUCACCAACAAACUAACUUACCAAGAAUACUCAUUUCUGAUCUACCCAAAUAAAAUUGGGUAAUUUCAACCGCUCCUUUAUUUCCUGAGGCCUCUGACACAGAUUUUACUCUAGGUACUAUUGACA